GUUCCACCCUAGAGUCUUGGUCUCUUAGUAGCAGGGACAGCAGCCCUAGGUAGCCCAGAAGACUAUGUGUCUUCACUGUAAUUGAGAUCACUGUUGACCCAGGCCUUGCAAUGACAGAGAGUACAGCCUCAGGGACACAGGGUCCUUCUGGGACCAUGGAUGAUACUAUUGUCCUCAAACGUCGAGGAUACAUAAUGGGCAUAAAUUUGGGAGAAGGUUCCUAUGCAAAAGUCAAAUCUGCUUACUGCGGCCGCCUAAAGAUCAAUGUGGCAGUUAAGAUCAUUGAUAGGAGGAAAGCCCCAGCAGACUUCCUGGAGAAAUUCCUUCCUCGGGAAAUUGAGGUUAUGGCCAUUCUAAACCAUGGCUCCAUCAUCAAGACCUAUGAGAUCUUUGAGACAUCACAGGGCAAGGUCUACAUUGUCAUGGAGCUUGGGGUCCAAGGUGACCUCCUCGAGUUCAUCAAAACCCAAGGGGCCCUGCAAGAGGAUGAUGCUAGAAAGAAGUUCUACCAGCUCUCCUCAGCCAUCAAGUACUGCCAUGACCUGGACAUAGUCCACAGAGACCUAAAAUGUGAGAAUCUUCUUCUUGACAAGGACUAUAACAUCAAGGUGUCAGACUUUGGCUUCUCUAAACGCUGCCUACGGGAUGACAGUGGUCAGCUGACACUUAGUAAGACCUUUUGUGGGUCAGCAGCAUAUGCAGCCCCUGAGGUGCUGCAGGGCAUCCCCUACCAGCCCAAGGUGUAUGACAUCUGGAGCCUAGGUGUGAUCCUCUACAUCAUGGUCUGUGGCUCCAUGCCCUAUGAUGAUUCUAAUAUCAAGAAAAUGCUGCGCCUCCAGAAGGAACACCGCAUCAACUUCCCACACUCCAAACACCUAACCAGCGAUUGCAAAGACCUCGUCUAUCACAUGCUGCAUCCUGAUGUCCACCGGCGGUUGCGCAUAGAUGACAUCCUCGGCCACAGCUGGGUGCAGCCCAAAGUACAGAGUCUAGUCUCUGCAGCCCCCAACUUGGGGGAGAGCUCCCAGAGCACUGAGUCCUCUAGGACUCCUGAACCUACCCCUGGCAAGAAGCCUCCCACAAAGCCUGAGCCUCGGGAAGAGGCACAGACUGAGGCAGGACCUGAGGUACAGCCUGAGACAAUACCAGAGAGUAAGGUGCCAGUGGCCAGGCAGCUGGAGACUGUUGGCUUCUCCAGCCUGCUGCAAGUCCAGGAAUUAGAGGAGGGUCAGGCCCAGAUGCUUGCAGAGCAGCCUACCCAGUGAACCCACUGCCGUCCAAGCAGAGCUGGUAGACUAAACUCUGAGCCUGAAAGAGGUGAAGAAUGAGCUCCUACUUUGUCAGUUCUUCUCCCUCCCCCUGAAUUUGAUAACUCACACGGCUACAGACACAAUAAACCAUUGUAAUAGUGCAG